UAUGUUUAGGUCUACAAGCUGAAGUAAAUUCUUUGUUAAUUCAUUGUUUAAAGUUAGCUAGCGUGCUGAUGGUCAUGAUUGUGAACGAAUUGAUUCAUUUAAACGGCGAAUUGUUUGUUUUAAGCUGUUAAAAGCUGAUUAACACGUAACCGAGAAAGAAGAAGAAUGUCAGACUCUGAUGAAGGUGAGAUGUUGAAAGCAGAGACCGAGGAAGAGGAUGAAGAAGGACAGGGAGAGAGAAAUGAUCUUGAAAGAAAAGAGAAGGAGAUUUCAGGAGAGGAGGAUCAGCUACAUCCCUGUCCACUUACCCAGGACAUGAUGGCGAAAAGCUUGUCCUUAUUGUGUCGCACAGAGAACGGUCUGUCUCACGCCUAUGUCCGACUUGACCUCAAAAGCAAGGGUCUGACAGACAUGUCCUUGCUCAGCUCCUUCAUCCAUCUGCGCUACUUGGACAUCUCCUCCAAUCAUUUAUCAGACUUCUCUCCAUUGGCUAAUCUCACGCAGCUGCUGUGGGUGAAAGGAGAUGGUAACCUGCUUCAGAGAUUUGAGGGUCAGCCGUUUGGCCAGCUCACUUACCUACAGUGGCUCAGCUUUGCCAACAACCGCCUAUUUGUUGUUAAAGGCCUUGGAGGCCCAGCACUGGAAACCCUCAAUCUCACUGGUAAUGGUAUCCAGACCAUGCAGGGCCUGGAAUAUCACAAUCUGACCAGUUUGGUGACCCUUGAGCUAAGAGGAAAUUGUUUGGAAACUACAGAUGGCUUUUACCUCCCCAAUUUACGCCAUUUGUAUCUGGCUCAGAACAACAUAAAGCGAUUGGAGGGUUUGGAGAAGCUAGAGCGUCUCAACACUCUUCACCUCAGAGAUAACCAGUUAGAAACACUGGAUGGACUCAGUCCCAACAUGAAAUGUCUACAGUAUCUCAACGUCAGGGGGAACCUUAUAUCGUCUAUGAGGGCUUUGCGAACUCUAGCAAGCGUGGGGCAAACACUGAAGGCCCUUGUGCUCUUGGACAACCCUUUAGCGAAGACUGACGACUACAGGCUGUAUGUGAUCUCACAUCUCUCUCAGCUGGAGCAACUGGACAAGGAUCCCGUCACGGCUGGAGAGAAGUCUGAGGCCCAGGAGAAGGAAUUUGAAGAUGAAUAUGCUGAAGAUCAAGAGGAGAACUGAAUAAGCUGUGCUACAUUAAAUGUACUUGUACAUAUAAUUUUAUAUUCAAUAAACUCUAC